AUCGACAGGUUGGAAAUUUGAAGCAUCAUAUCGAGAGGUUCAGUACUUGGUGGAAAUUGCAACGUUACGCUACGAUCGGGAACUGUUUUCUACUUUCGACGGGCGGUGAAAAAGUACAAAUUACAAUCACACAUGAAACUACUAUAAUGGACUGAUAUAUAUCGAAUUGUACAAAUAAUAAGACAAGACUUUAAAUCCAUAAUUGCGGCUGUUAACUUUUGUAUUCGAUAAUUUAGUUGAUAAUUUCGUAUUAAAAAGUUCAUCAACAUGAAAACUGAAUCCCAACAAAAUAUUGUGGAAUCAACAUCUGAUCUUUCGCUGAGGCAGGUGGAUAAAAAUACUCAACAUGGCGGUGGUGGUGAAGGCAAUGAUGAUUAUGAUCCUCAUCUUCAUCGCAAUGUGAAAAAUCCCACAACAAAUUGGCAAACAUUUGCCCACUUCCUAAAGGCCAGUAUAGGAACUGGGGUAUUGGCCAUGCCCAGUGCCUUCGCCAAUGCCGGUUAUGUAAAUGGUUUUGUGUUAACAGCAAUUGUGGGAUUUUUGGCCGUUCAUUGUUUGCAUAUUUUGAUUAAUUCCAUGUACGAACUUUGCAAACGCAAACGUGUGCCAUAUUUAACAUUUUCAGAAGCCAUGACAAUGGGAUUUAAAGAAGGACCCCCCUUCUUCAAAUGCAUUGUGCCGAUAGCAACGCCAUUUGUCGAUGGAUUUCUGGCAUUCUACCAUUUCGGUAUCUGUUGCGUUUAUGUGGUCUUCAUAGCCGAGAGUAUAAAACAAAUUGUCGAUGAGCAUUUGGUUGUUUUAGAUCUGCGGAUUCACAUGUGCUUCGUGCUGGUGCCACUAUUUUUAAUCUUUAGUAUUAGAAAUUUAAAACUUUUGGCACCGUUUUCUUCAUUCGCCAAUAUUCUGUUGCUGGUGGGAUUUGGUGUGAUUCUUUACUAUAUUUUCGAUGAACUACCACCGCUGUCGGAGCGUAAGGCCGUCGAAGCUCUAUCAAAAUUGCCCAUAUUCUUUGGAACGGUGCUAUUUGCCUUGGAAGCUGUUGGUGUGAUACUGGCCAUUGAAGAGAACAUGGCCCAACCCAAGGCCUAUCUGAAACCGUUUGGUAUCAUGAACAUGGGAAUGCUUAUUGUCCUGACGCUGUACAUUACACUGGGAUUUUUUGGCUACUGGCGUUACGGUGAUGAUGCUUUGGGCAGUGUAACGUUAAAUAUUCCGCAAGAAAAAAUCUUAGCCCAGGUCACCAAAAUUCUAUUUGCCAUAACUACCUGGAUAUCGUACGCCCUGCAAGGUUAUGUUACCGCUGAUAUAAUUUGGAAUAAGUAUCUGUCGAAACGUGUUAAAGACACAUCGAAACAUGUCAUAUACGAAUUACUGAUUCGAGCAAUGGUCGUCGUUUUAACAUUUUGUUGUGCUGUUGCCAUUCCGGAUUUAUCACUUUUCCUUUCGCUGGUCGGCUCGUUUUGUUUGUCGAUUUUGGGUUUAAUUUUCCCAGCCCUGUUGCAGAUCUGCGUGCAGUACACGACCGGUUAUGGUCCAUGGAAGAUAAGAUUAACCAAAAAUUUAUUGCUUGUGGCAUUUGGUGCUCUGGGUGGUGUGGUCGGAACGUACGUUAGUAUUGUUGAAAUUGUUGAUGCAUAUAACAAAUAAAAAAAUGAAUAAAUAAAAAUAAAAUUAUAAA